GUUCUUCCUGGGUGUCCCUACUUUCCCUUUUGUCUACCCCUGAGGGAUACUUAGGACCUCCUCCAGCACUUCAUCAACCUCUGACGAAGACCCUCAGCUGCACUCGUCCUCUUUGUAUUUUUUCUUAUGUCAGACGGAGAGACCUGAACACAUUGUUGGGAUUGAGGAAUAUCUCCUCCCUUUCUAGAUCCUUCACAUUCUGUGUGAAUCCUCUAAAUAACUCAGACUUUUUAUGUUUGCUUGGUGUGUGUAAGAAGACAAAUUCAGGACCACAGACUGGGGAGAGGAUUUUCUGUCCAGAUGAGAGAGUGGACAGAGCCUGAGAUGAGUUUUUCAGCAGGGGGGUAUGUCUCCACCUCAGAGGCUUACUGCUCCACGGAGCCUCUCCAGUACUAUGACAUGCUGGCAGACCCUCUCGGCUAUCCCUUGCAGGACCCUGACUUCCAGUUGCUCCCUUACAGCCAGCAGCAGUACCUCCCUGCCAACCUGCCUUUCCCCUUCUAUGGCUCCUCGCCGUCUUCCACCCCUUCACCUUCAUCUUUGGCUUCAUCCUCUCAGCUCUGCCAUCCUCCGUACCAGUACACCUCUCACUGCAUGGAGGGCCCCUGUGAUCCCAGCCCAGAGUCUCUCUCUGCGGGCCUCAAUCAGGGGCUUGGGCCAGCAAGGCUGCCUCUUGGGCGGAGGUCUCGGGUGGGGUCGGGAGGGAAGAACAAAGGUCAGGAUGAGCUGUGUGUGGUGUGUGGCGAUAAAGCAUCAGGCUAUCACUACAAUGCUCUCACAUGUGAAGGAUGCAAAGGUUUCUUUAGGCGCAGUGUGACUAAGAAGGCCGUGUAUCACUGUAAGAGCGGCGGUAGCUGUGAAAUGGAUAUGUACAUGAGGAGGAAGUGCCAAGACUGCCGGCUGAGGAAGUGCCGUGCUGUGGGAAUGCUGGCUGAGUGCCUUCUGACAGAGGUCCAGUGCCAAUCCAAGCGACUGAGGAAAGGAGGUAAAAGCAGAGGUCAAGAAGAGGAGGAGAGCGCAGAGAGUCGGAGAGUCAGCUCUACCUGUCGGUUACCUGGACAGCCUGCCACUUUGACCCGGGAACAGAAACACAUUGUGGACAGGAUGGUGGAGGCUCAUCGCCAGUUUAGGGAUCAAGACUGCAGCAGUUACAUGGUGUUUGAAUGGCAGUGUGCUCUGGAAGGGGAGGGCCUGUCUGAUGUUCUAUCCCCUCACCUACACAGACUGCUGCAGUUUGCCAGAACAGUGCCGGGUUUUGACCUCCUGGAUUUCUCAGACCAGAUGGCCCUCCUGUCUGUAUCUUCACUGGAGGUCAUGUUCCUGCUCUCUGCCCAGCAGUUCUCCAACAACCCAGCAAGCCCUACUCCAGUCUUGCAGCUUUUCAGCACUUCCACUAAUGGCUGGCUCAGAAAUCUGGACUCUAAGGAAAACUUCCAGAUCAGGAUGCCCAUCAGUUCAGGAAGCAGUGAGGAUUUCCUUGGCUCGGUGCUAAACUUUCUCCACAGCAUGACGGUGCUGCAUGUGACUGAGGCUGAAUACACCCUGCUUACUGCCACGGCCCUGCUCUGCUCAGAUCGAGCAUCCCUGCAGGCAGUCAGCUGUGUGGAGAAAAUGCAGGAGCUGAUCCUAGACCUGCUUUCCAGGGUGUGUGGAGCCCAGGCCGGAGCAGCAGCACGGGGAGGACCACAGCGUUUCGGCCACCUCCUGGGCAGACUGACGGAGCUACGCACCCUCCAUCACAACUACCUCCUUCUGACAGGACAGCAGCCAGCAAACUGAUGAAGAGGAGAUUCAUGUCUUCAGCACCCAAGGUCUUUUGGAGAUCAGAAAGAGCUGGAGCAUUUAUUUUCUCAACUGACUCAUCCUGUGGUCAUUUAGCUUCAGUGGUUUUAGAUUGUUGUAAAUGGGCGGAGCAAAGAAUAUUUUUUAUAUACUGCUAUUAACUGUUAUAAUAAACAUUACCAGAAAUGUUUAUGUUGUAGAACAAUUUUAAAAUAAAGUGUUGUUUCUACAUUAAUAAAAGUUUAUCCAUUAAAUGAAAGUUAUGGCUGAAAA